CCAUUUGUGUCACUACACAGUCAGAAAAGAUGAAGUUUACUCUCGUUUUAGUGUUUGUUAUUGGUACUACUCUGGUUCAAAAAAUGGAGGCAAAAAAACCGAAAAGAGUGGAGUGUCUCCAAUGUGAUUCGACAAGUCAAGACAGCGCUUGCAAAAGGGGAGAUGCAUCGGAUACAUGUCUUGGAAAAUACUGUUAUCAAUAUGUUUACCAAGAACAUACGAAAAAUUUCCUGGGUACCACCUACUUGAAAUGGUGGUGGUUCAGAGGCUGUACUGAUGACGAGAAUACUUGCAGUGGAGAAUACGUAUCGGAUUGUACAGUGUGUUCUGAAUCUAAAUGUAACGAUGUAGAACUCUCAGAUGUGUAGUUCCCCCAUUUCCUCUGAAUGAUGGAGAAGAUUCAAUUUUGAAAGAAUUGAUUGUGAAAAUUAAGAGAUAAAUAUACUUACUUACUAAUUUAAUAAUU